AUGGAGAGCAAGUCGGCUAGUGUUUCUCCCGAGCUGGAGAUACCCACCAGCUAUGACGAGAAGAAGAGCAGCCAGGACUCUCCCAUGGAGCCUCAGAUGCUCGAAAAGGGUCAGACCGUGCACAUCGGUGAGGAUAGUGAGGACUUUGACAGCGACGUGGUGGUGAGCACCGCUCAGGAUCUGGUCACGCAUAUCAUCAAGGUCGAGGAUGAUCCGUCUCUGAACCCGUGGAGUUUCCGAAUGGUCUUCCUGGGAGCGGGCUUGUCCAUCUUCGGCGGUGUGCUUCAGGAGAUCUUCUACUUCAAGCCACAGACCAUCUACGUCUCGCAGGUCUUCUUGACCGUCAUUGCCUACGUUCUGGGUGAAGCCAUGGCCUAUUUCAUUCCCCGUCGGGGCUAUAUCGGUCGGCUGCUGAACCCCGGACCCUUCAACGCCAAAGAGCAUGCUGCCAUUUCCCUCAUGUCCUCCGCCGCUACUCAGUCCGCCCUGGCCACCGAGGCCUUGUCGGCUCAACAGCUCUUCUACGGGGGCUACCCGAACCACGCCGCCGCUGUCUUCAUCGUCCUCUCCUCCCAGCUGAUCGGCUUCGGUAUUGCGGGCCUGCUGCGCGAUGUCAUCGUCCGUCCCACCAAGAUGAUCUGGCCCAUGACCCUGCCCAUCACCAGUCUGCUAGAGUCAUUGCACAAGGAUAAGACCGAGGCCAAGGCGCGGAUGAAGAUCUUCUACAUCUUCUUCUUCAUCCUCUUCUUCUGGACCAUCAUUCCGGAGUACAUCUUCCCCAUCCUGGAAGGUUUCUCCAUCUUCUGCUUGGCCGACCAGCACAGCUUGGUCUUCACCAACCUGUUUGGCGGUGCUUCCGGAAACGAGGGCCUGGGAUUCUUGUCCCUGUCCUUUGAUUGGAACUACAUUGCCUCUCUGGGUUCGCCGCUGUGGUAUCCGCUGUAUGCCAUGACCAACAACUUCAUCGGAUACUUGUUUUGCAUCAUCCUUUUCAUGGCCAUCUACUACGGCAACAUCUGGCGCUCCCAGGACUUUCCCUUCCUGUCCCAGUUGCUCUACUACGGCGACUCCAACUCGACCUACUACCAUCAGUAUAACCAAACCCUGAUCCUCAAUUCUGAGUUCAUCGUGGAUCCCACAGCCCUCAAGGAGCAGGGCCUGCCUUGGCUGACCGGAACCUAUGUGGUGUACCUCAUCACCUCCAACAUGGGCCUGACUGCCACGAUUACUCACAUGCUACUGUGGGAUCUCGACGACAUCAAGGUCGGCUGGGCCUGGGCUGCCCCAAGCAAGCUCAAGAAAUUCCUGAAGCCGGAGACGUACAAGUUCUGGGCCAACCAGGAGACCCCCGAGGAGCGCCUGGCGCGCCGUGUCAACGACGACACGCUGGACCCUCACUACCGCCUGAUGCUUCGCAACCUCUACCAAGACACCCCGUUGUGGUGGUGGGGUGCCGUCCUGAUCGCCAGUUUUGCCGUCGGUCUGGGCUGUCUGUAUGCCAUGAAGUCCACGCUUCCCUGGUGGGGAUUCAUCGUCGGCAACAUCAUCACGCUCGUCUUCAUGCUCUUCUUCGGCGCCCAGUACGGGUUGACCGGCUUCCAGUUCAACGUCCAGCCCAUCUGUCAGAUGUUGGCGGGCUACAUGUUCCCAGGCAAGCCAUUGGCCAACCUCUACUUCACUUGCUUCACCUACAACUCCCUGCAGCAGGGCCAAGUCCUGGCCAAGGAUCUGCGACUCGCCCAGCAAGUGCAUCUAUCCCCACAAUGCACCUUUUUCGUCCAAGUCGUAGGCUGUAUCAUCGGUGCUCUAUUCAACUACGUGAUGAUGUUAAUCAUCGUCCGCAACCAAUCUGAAGUCCUCAUCUCCAUCGACGGUACCAACAUCUGGAGUGGAGCCAACGUCCAGAUAACCUGGAGUAUCGCCAACGACAUGUUCUCCAUCGGCGGUCGCUACCAAUGGGUGACCAUCUCCUACCUGGUCGGCUUCAUCGUCCCCGUCCCCUUCUGGCUCGCCAACCGCUUCUACCCCCACCCGAUCUUCUCCUACCUCAACACCUCCAUCAUCCUCUGGUACAUGGGCUGGUUGUUCGUCGGCAUCAACGCCUCUAUCCUGAGUUACUUCCUCCUCGGUUUCGCAGCCCAGUUCUGGCUCCGUCGCUACCAUCCCCAGAUGUUCAACAAAUAUAAUUAUAUCGUCUCGGCCGCCCUCGAUGGAGGCACUCAGAUUUGUGUCUUCAUUUUGACUUUUGCGGUCUUUGGUGGAAGUGGCACUGAGCAUCCGUUCCCAACCUGGGCCGGUAACCCCAACACCGAUAUCCACAAUCUGGAUUACUGCAAGGUGAACCCGGCUACUCUGUAA